AUGCAGAGGACAUCAGCUUGGGCUCUGCUCCUUCUGGCGCAAAUCGCCACUGCUCAGCAGACCAUUUGGGGGCAAUGCGGUGGUAGUGGUUACUCAGGACCCACUGCUUGCCCUGCGCAGGCUACUUGCAGCACUCAGAACCCUUACUACGCUCAGUGCAUCCCAGGAAGCGGAAAUGGCGGUGGUGGCGCGACAACCACCACUACGACCGCUGGACAGACGACCAGAACCACUAUGGCCACCACCACUACAAAAGCGACCACUACGUCAGCUGGUGGCAGCGGUGGUAGCACUACCACUGCUCCUCCAUCCAAGGGCAACCCCUUCGCUGGAUAUCAGCCCUACGCUAACCCGUACUACUCCUCCGAGGUCGUGAGCCUGGCAAUUCCUUCCCUGCCAGCUUCUCUGGCCCCCAAGGCCAGCGCUGUCGCCAAGGUCCCCUCCUUCGUCUGGCUUGACACCGCUGCCAAGGUCCCCACCAUGGGAACCUACUUGGCUGACAUUGAGGCCAAGAACAAGGCCGGCGCCAACCCACCCAUCGCCGGUAUCUUCGUUGUUUACGACCUUCCUGACCGUGACUGCGCUGCUCUGGCCAGUAACGGCGAAUACUCCAUUGCCAAUGAUGGUGUCGCCAAGUACAAGGCCUACAUUGACUCGAUCCGCACUCUCCUUGUCAAGUACUCCGAUGUGCACACUAUCCUCGUCAUCGAGCCCGACAGUCUCGCCAACUUGGUCACUAACAUGAACGUGGCCAAGUGCGCCAAUGCUCACGAUGCAUACCUGGAGUGCGUCAACUAUGCGCUGAAGCAGCUUAACCUGCCCAACGUGUCCAUGUACCUCGAUGCCGGACACGCUGGCUGGCUCGGAUGGCCCGCCAACCUUGGCCCUGCUGCCACCCUUUUCGCCAAGGUGUACACGGACGCUGGCUCUCCUGCCUCUGUUCGUGGACUGGCCACCAACGUUGCCAACUACAAUGCCUGGUCUCUCGACACCUGCCCAUCCUACACCCAGGGUGACCAGAACUGCGACGAGAAGCGCUACGUCAACGCACUUGCACCUCUCCUGAGCGCCGCUGGCUUUGAUGCCCACUUCAUCACUGACACUUCCCGCGACGGUGUCCAGCCCACCAAGCAACAAGCCUGGGGUGACUGGUGCAACGUCAUCGGCACUGGAUUCGGCAUGCCCUUCACCACCGACACCGGUGACGCUCUUGAGGAUGCCUUCAUCUGGGUCAAGCCCGGCGGUGAGAGUGACGGUACCUCUGACUCCUCUGCCACUCGUUACGAUGCCCACUGCGGAUACAGCGAUGCCCUCAAGCCUGCUCCCGAGGCUGGUACUUGGUUCCAGGCCUACUUCGAGCAGCUGCUCGUCAACGCCAACCCCAGCUUCUAA